AUGAAGCAGCAGAGCGUGCGCACCGCCGCGCUGGUCCUGUGCAUCCUGUCCUACCUGCUGGUGGGCGCCGCCGUCUUCGAUGCGCUCGAGUCCGAGGCGGAGAGCGGCCGCCAGCGGCUGCUGGCCCAGAAGCGGAGCGAGCUCCGGAGGAAGUACGGCUUCUCGGCCGAGGACUACCGCGAGCUGGAGCGCCUGGCGCUGCAGGCCGAGCCGCACCGCGCCGGCCGCCAGUGGAAGUUCGCGGGCUCCUUCUACUUCGCCAUCACGGUCAUCACCACCAUCGGGUACGGCCACGCCGCACCAGGCACGGACUCGGGCAAGGUCUUCUGCAUGUUCUACGCGCUCCUGGGCAUCCCCCUGACGCUGGUCACCUUCCAGAGCCUGGGCGAGCGGCUGAACGCGCUGGUGCGGCGCCUCCUGCUGGCGGCCAAGCGCUGCCUGGGCCUGCGGCGGCCGCGCGUGUCCACGGAGAACAUGGUAGUGGCCGGGCUGCUGGUGUGCGCGGCCACGCUGGCCCUCGGGGCCGCCGCUUUCGCGCACUUCGAGGGCUGGACCUUCUUCCAUGCCUACUACUACUGCUUCAUCACCCUCACCACCAUCGGCUUCGGCGACUUCGUGGCGCUGCAGAGCGACGAGGCGCUGCAGAGGAAGCCGCCCUACGUGGCCUUCAGCUUUCUCUACAUCCUUUUAGGGCUCACGGUCAUCGGUGCCUUCCUCAACCUCGUGGUCCUGCGCUUCCUGGCGGCCAGCACCGACGCGCCCGAGCGCGCUGCUCGCCGCGCCAGCCCUCUCCGCCUGGGGGCGCCCGAGAGCCGCGGUGCCGCCCUGACCCGCAGCCCGGCGCGCCCCGGGGGUUCCUCCGUCUCCUACCACAUCCACCAGCUGGAGAUGUGGGCCCGCGACAAUCUGGGCUUCUCGCCCCCCGUGAGCCCUGGGGCUAUGGGUGGCCGCGGCGGGGCAGGCAAGCCCCCUGCCCGGCGGAAGUCCAUCUGACAACCUUACCCCAUGGGGUCGAGGGUUUGGGUCAACCUGUCAGUACCCCACUCCCCCCAGAGCUUGGAGAGGGGUGAGGGGCCUAGGCUGCAAUGCCAUCUUCUGCCACAAGCAGGUUCGCAUUCCCUUCUGUGGCUAGCCCCUCUCUCAUCUCCAAAAAUAUAUUAAAGUCGUGUCAUAAGCACAAUUACGAUUCUAAGGUCACCCAGGAGGUGCAAAUCCCUACAGUCCAAAUUGUUUUAGGAAGGCGUGGCCACACUAUCUGGCCUCUGGAGUGGACACAGGUGGCUGUUCUGCUGCGGAAGAGGCAGGUUUUCGUGUUGCAGGGAAAACUCACAGCUUUGGAGACUGGAAUCCCACCUGUGAGGCCAGCUGCUCACACCCUGAGAAGCCAGGAAGGAUAUGGACUGAUAGGAACGGACCCGCCUGCCGCCCAGCGUGGACCCGCGGGCAAAUCGCUGCCCUGUUUAAACGAUCUUGCUCUCUUGCUCAGCAUGUGGAGAGGAACUGGCCCAGGUGGGACUGAAGCACAUUCUCCCCACCCAAGCGGACGCUCUUUGUCCUGGGCCAGUCCCACUUCGGGAUAAGGGGCCUUGCUGAUACCCACCAUGUCACUGAGGCCACCUGGACGCGACUGACGGCUGUGAGACCGACUCUUGUCUGGGAGUUGUGAGAUCUGGGUCC